AUGAACACCGUCACCCACAACGCGACGCUUGCAGCGCGCAAGCAGCUAUCCGCAGCAACCUUCGUCUGCCGCACCUGCCGCCAACAGCAGCACCAACGCCGACAAUAUUCGAGUAGCAACACCACCCGUCCGCCGCCCGCGCCCCCCACAGCCGGCUACGCGGCCCUCCCCUCCCGACGCCUCAUCUCCGUAGCCGGCGCCGACGCCGCAAAGUUCCUGCAGGGCGUCAUAACGGGCAACAUCGCCUCCGAGGCAGCCCGCGCGCGACAGACGGGCUUCUACGCCGCGUUCCUCAACGCCACGGGCCGCGUGCUGCACGACGUCUUUAUAUACCCCGACGUCGCGGGCCUCGGCGGCGGCGUUGCGGCGGAGUCGGAGCAGGCCGGGGCGCGGUUCCUCAUCGAGGUCGACGCGAACGAGGCCGAGAGGCUCGCGAAGCACAUCAAGCGGUACAAACUGAGGGCAAAGCUCACCGUCCGGCUGCUUGCGGUAGACGAGGCGACGGUAUGGCAUGCUUGGGACGAUAGCUCGAAGCCGAUUACGACGGAUCCCGCGUUGCUGAGCACCAUCACCAAGGAUCCGAGGACACCAGGUCUGGGCUACCGCGUGGUGCAGGGCAGGGACACGCCGCCGGCGUUGGAUCUGGACGUGACCACAGAGGACAGCUACACCAUCAGGCGAUAUCUGCAGGGCGUUGCCGAGGGCCAGGACGAGGUCAUUCGAGAGCACGCGCUGCCGCAGGAGACGAACAUGGAUUAUAUGAAUGGAAUCGACUAUCACAAGGGUUGCUACGUGGGACAGGAGCUCACGAUCCGGACGAAGCAUCGCGGCGUGGUGCGCAAGCGGGUCCUGCCAUGCAUGAUUUACGGCGUGGACAGAGCCAUCCCCCAGACGCUGCAGUACCGCCCAGAGGAAGAUGCGAAUCAUGGCCCCGAGGGUCUGCCCGCAGAAUCGAUUCCGCGAGAGACGAGCAUCGGAAGGGCUGGCAAGAAAGGGAGGAGUGCAGGAAAGUGGCUCAAGGGCAUCGGGAAUGUUGGCCUAGGGCUGUGCCGUCUGGAGAUCAUGACCGACAUCGUCUUGCCUGGCGAGACAGCCGCUUCCACCUUUGACCCCGCCAAUGAAUUCUUGCUAAAAUGGGGCGAGGGCGAGGGGGAUGGUGAGCAGAACAACGCAGUGAAGAUCAAGGCCUUCGUGCCCGAAUGGCUGAGGAAUGGGUUGAACGAGGCAUCUGGUAACUGA